UGAGAGGUCUCUCUYUAUCAUUCCCGUUCAUUUUCAGCCAAGCAGGUGUGUUUGUCAAGGUGAUGAAGAGAGUAUCCUUUUGGUGAAUAAAUAUGAAUAUUUUAUUCAAACAAAAAUACAAUGCAUCCRAAGGAUGACUAAAGAAAAAAUUGCGCCACGAUUAAAAUGUAUCAAAACUUUGAGUAAACCAACUGUCACAUCCACAAAAGCCAAAAAGCUUUGGGAAGUAGCGAGGUAUUGACAUUUAAUUAUUAUACCAAGUAGGCAGUCAUCGAAGCUGUCAAUAAUUACGUUCAAAAUAAUUUCCUGCGCAUGACUUAAAAAAGUUUAAAACAAAGUCUUUCACCUGCCAUCCUCGUAUAACAUGGAUUCAGGGACUUUUACAACGAAAUGCAGCUGCUCCACCUUAUCACAGUUCUCGUGAAGUACAGCUCUUACUAUUUCUGAUUCAAGAGUAUUCCGCUCAAGUUUAACAAUACCAUCACAGAGUGAUUCCAUGUGUAGUGUGUUUCUUGUCAAAACUGAAAUCUACGUCAAUAGUAAAGGUUUAUUGUGUAAACAUUGUCAAAAUGGACCGGCGACCAACGCAAGCAGGGAAAUCUUCCAGGCAUAUCUAGAUACAUGUUAGUGUCAUUACCAGACUGUCAACCUCAAGCUGAGUUUGAAGGCAUAAAUCCAUAGUCUGUUUUUUCACGAUAUUURAAAAACACUCGUACAUAUUUUAAGAAAAAUAACAAACUUUACUAGUAAAUGUAAGAAUGGMUGGAAACAUGACAGACAUUAAGGACUUGCGUUUUUACAACCGUAAAAACUCCAUCGUUAUGGUUGAAGCCUUUACGGCGCUCACGAUCCUCUUYUGUACUCUAUUUGGAAAUCUUUUCAUCCUGUGGGCGUUCGUCCAUCAGAAAGACACCCGGACUAACUUCAAAUUGUACAACAUAUCCCAUGUGAUCGCAGACAUCAUUCUAGCGACAGUAGCUAUGCCUUUUUCCGUUGUAGCAUUAUUCAAAAGCAAGUGGAUUUUUUCAAGUGUKUGGUGCUCAUUUCAAGGUAUAGUCGCUGUUUGGAGCUGCGAAGCAUCGAUUGUUACCAUGACACUUGUAGCGGUCCAUCGUUACACAAAGAUGCUCCGAACUSCUUUUCACAGACGAUUUUAUACGAAGCGUUUCAUAAUWUGGACUCUUAUACUGGGCUGGCUCUUCGCUAUCAUUGGACCCGUGGCKUAUCUUCUAAAUGGAGGAGCGUUUGUUUUUGUUUCAGCAUUUAUAGUAUGCACGUUUGACUAUCAUAAUCUUGACAUAACUUUUGCGAUKUCGAUGGUAUUGCUCUUGUCAGCUUUACCAUUCACAAUAAUAACUCUGUGUUAUUACAAAAUUUGGCGCUUCGUACAGCGACAUAACACAGCAAUGCAAUCAAGAUCWGUAUCCGAGGAGAUAAGACUAACAAAGUUAGUUAGCUUUAUUCUACUCAGUUUUAUUAUCUGUUGGGCUCCUCUAGUCGUGAUAGUCGUAAUAGUUGUGUUUAAAGGAUUGUUGUAUGUACCUAGRCAAUUGUGYUUGUUUGUYAUCUUCAUGGCAAGUACAUUUGGYUGCAUUAAUCCAAUUAUUCAUAGUGCGUUUUUCAAGGAUUUUCGMMARUKUGCUUACUGUUGCAAUUGUAAGCUGACAAGAGUCGCAGCACAAAGUCAGAUUCAAGACGAAUCUAUCCAAGUACACCACUAGUAAAUCUAAACUCAUGAAACUGUGGUUYAAAACAAGGACAAAACAAUGAACAAUGUAUAUAGAAUUGUAUAUUGCUCUCAGAAUAUAAUGCMGAAAWUUUCCGCCUUUCGAAUAUUUGUUUGACAUUCCGCAAAACUGUAAAAAAAAAAUCAAAAAGGAAAAAUAACUCAAUAAAAAUGAGUGUUCUUCAUAGUGACGAUAUUGCUAAUACUAAUCAAAAGAGACUUGAGUUUUGUUUAUAUGAAGGAAAUGCCUCUGGAUAUUGAAAAUACACUUUCAGUUGAUAAAAGGUUUUUGUUUUUAAAUAAAAUUCAAAACAAAAAGAAAGUUUUGCUCUACCAACUUCAAAUGUAUUUUGCAAUGACCUCUCGUAACGAUCCUUACAUACUAUACCAAGCAACUAUAGCCAAAACCAGAUGCAAUUCUGUUUAAAAUAACUGGACUUGAUCGAUUUGAAAUAAUUACGCGUGCACUUUGGCAAUUCAGUCUUUUUACAGAAAGGUAUGAAAUGAAAUGUUUUGAUAUUAUUGUCUCCUUUGUUUAGUACAAUUAAGAUAUCGUUUACUUAUGACGAUACUUUCAAAGAAAUGUGAAUUGUUGAAUACUAGUGAACGUGCUAAAACCCAUGAACUUUAAUAAGCGUUGCGCAACUCAACCACUGCAUGAAGGGUAUUUUCGUGUUAUCUUGAAGUGUUUUAAUUUCUUCUUCAAUGAACGUAUGGACCAGGAUCCGGCUAGUCACCUCCCUCGUGGCUGAGCGCAACACGGUCAUCCAUUCGGAUGGGUGACCGUCUUGUACUCGUUUCUACUUAUUUCCUUUUUUCACUCCAUUUUCUUUUUCUUUAUCUUUUCUGCUCUUCUUUCUUAAUAUUAUCAU